UUGCGAGCGUUACGGUUAUGUGAAGCGCGAAAAGCGGUGGAAAAUUCGUGAAAUCAUUAGCAAUAUUAUAUUAAGUAUUUGCGGUGCGGCAGACACGCGUCGCGUAAAGUGUUUAAAGUUGCGCGCUAUUGUCAACAUAACGGCAGCACUUGUGCGACAAUUUGCAGGCAAGUCGGUUGUGUGGUUAGUGGCACAAGUGGAAGUGCGUUUAUACAAGUGUCCAUGAUGGAAAGGCGUUUCUGCGAAUCGAACAAGUGAAAGCAAUUUCAAAGAAAAAUCGCCAAAAUGCUUUAACUCGCAAUAAAAACACAAAAGCAACAAUAGCGAUAUCGAGCGAAAAGAGCAAUUGGAAAGUGCAAUAAAAUAGAUGAAUGUAAAAUAUUGACACACAAAUAACAAUAACAACGAACGAACACGCAAAGUGCACAACAAUAAAAACAAGCGAGAAGGAAGCAAAAACAAAAAAUAAAUAUAAAAACAAUAACAAAGUAAUCGCAACAACACACAGCGCAGCAGCGCACAAACGCAGAAGGCGGAGAGCAGUGAGGAGAAGGCGAAGGAGGAGGGGCAAAAUGCCAAGAAUUGCAAGAAAAAUGGCGACCGCAACAAAAUUCGCCAUCGCGGUUGGCAACAUUCUCACAAUAUUUAUGGCAAUGACAAUGUAUUGUUGCCAAGUGGCUGGCCAUCCGCAGGCACAGCCACGGCCGCAACACCAAUCCGAAGCGCAACAACAGCAGCAGCACGUGCUGGCAACGCCACAGGCGACACCACAUAAAUACCAGCAAUUGCAAUAUCAAUUGCAACAACAACAGCAACAGCAAUAUGAAUAUCAGCAACAGCUGCAACAGCAAUUGCAAAAACAGCAGCAGCAACAGCAACAGCAGCAGGAAAAAUUGCUCUAUCAACAACAACACCAGCAACAGCAUAAAUACCAACACCAACAGCAACAAAUUGAGAAAAAGCACGAUGAGGGCAGUUAUGCGCAGGAGACGGAACGUGAGCUACAAAAACAACAGCAGCGUGCAACACCCACACAGAUUGUACGCGCCGGGGCUUCGCUGGUUGUCGGCGACGAAACCCAGUUAAACGAGCCCACAAACUAUCCUUACUACGGCGACACCUCUGGCAUAUUACCCGCAACUCCACGACGUCGACAAACGGCCAGCACAAGUCGCACACGCACGCGGCGCCCCACGAGCGCUAACGAUGACGGCACGCAACAGCAAUACUGGCGGGGUAGAGUUGACAACGAUAGCUCAGCAGACAAUGCUGCCACCCAAACACGUGAAGACACGCGCGCCAACAGUCGCAAGCGAAAGCAACCAGCUAUACGCGAACCGCAUGCCGCGCUGGAGAAGGAACAGCUAUUGUACGAAAUGCGUGACAAGCGACGGCAGGAGAACGCGCCAAAUGCGAACACACGCGAUAAAUCUUAUCGCCGUCCUUAUUCACAGGCUAAAAAGGAGGCUGAAGUGUCAACAGGCGACAAUGCAUCCGCGUCAAAUGUCAAAACGACGGUGGAUCUAAAGCAUAUACUCAAAAAUGCUGGCGGCUUGAGUUUGAGCGAGAUAUUGCAGCAAAAGAAUUUGUCGCUGGACGAUUUACUGAAAGGCAAACAGAACGCGCUCGAAGUGCUACAGAGCACAGCAGCAGCGCCAUCACCCUCGCCCACUAAAUUGGCGGAGAACAAGCCGGUUAAGCCGAUGCGUCGGCAGCCCUAUCUCGGUAGCAUAAAGGAUGGGCCUGUCGUUACAACACAACAAACGCAUGCUGCCGAUGAUUAUUUGGGCGCCGACCUGCGUGCAACACCGGAUGAUUCGGUUGAGAGCGCUGACACGCAACAACGAGGCAGAGUGAAGCUAGGGACAGUACAGCGUCUCAAAUAUUUCGGUAGCUCGACACGCGCAGCAACGUUGCAUUACGGUCACGCUGUCACAGGUAGCACAACAAGACGUGUGAGCCUGCCUGUGAGCUCUACAGCUGUUGCAAACACGACGACAACAACUACCACGCGCCUACCGAUUUAUAAGAAAAAUUUAAUGUUGCGCUCAACGCUAAAACCGACCUUUAUGCUAAAGAAUGUUAUGGCUUCUGAGUCUACUAGCGCGGAGUCCACAGCAAAUGAUAAACCAAUUUUUGAAGAAAAGUUGACAACAACUAUAAUCAACAAUAGGUAUAGAGAGCCCACAGAGGUGGCCAAUGAAGAGGAACAGGAGACGGCACAGGAAUUUGUUGCGGACGCCAAAUCUGUGGAGAAGGCAGGCGCGGCAGAGGAUACGACAGAUACCGAGGAACAGCAGGAGGAAGAGUACCUGCGCGAUGAGGAAGAGAGCGAUGUGCAAUCCACCAUCAAAGCCGACUACGAAGAACAGUAUGCGUCACGCGCCGACACCACAACUACAACGACCACCAUCACCACACCCAGCACAACAAACGCCACACGAAGCGCCACAACGAAACUCGUCUCAACUACGGCGAAAAGCCUGUUAAAAUCUACAACGCGCGUGAGCACAAGCAACGCGAUCUCGAAACCAGCAUCACGCGCGCAGCCCAACUUCAAAACGAACUCUAUAGAGUCGGAGGAGACCCGUGCGCACUCAACGAACGCAGACGCCCACGGCGACGGUCUCGAGAACUUUAUUGGCGCUCAAACCACGGUUAGUAGACAGCGCGAGAAGACAAGCAAAGCAGACGUAGAAAACAUAACGCCUCGCAUCGAUCACGUGAAGCCAGCUAUGGCCGGCGAAACGUUUGCUUAUCAAGACACCGUGCCCGAUUUCGAUGGCGUGGACGAUCGAACCGAUCUGCUAGAAUUAAUUGAAGAUAGGCGAUCCGGCAACCGGCUCUUUAAAGUUCUGGAACAGCGCAACAUGACGCUCGAGGAGCUUAUUGAACACCGCAAACGUGGUUCGAGCCAAUUGCACUUGGCGACGGUUGUGCAAAAUCGCUCGCGAUUUUUUCCCGGACAGAAGGUCGUUCUUCACGACAAUAUGGAUAUUGUUACAGCGUUUGAGAAUUUUCCACACUUCAACCUGAUGGACUUGAAAAGCGUCAAACCAGAUGACAUAAAGACGGACUCGCAGGGCGCCAGCUACUUUACAUCCAUUAUUGACAUCGAGCCGACGGACGAGAUCUACAAAGACGAAACCGCUGCUGGCAAAGGUUCGGCCAACCAUCAACAAUCGCAACGCACGGAAAAAUCAGUUGGUUUCUUCCCCUCUUGGAAAACCUUGGCGCUAGCCUCACUCGCCAGCAGUGCGCGCAGCGAUGCGUCUACCAAGCGCAACCCCUUCUUUUUGUCACCACCACAAAUGCUGCUCGAGAACACCUCCGCCGAACUGGAUGAGAGCGAUUUUUUAAUGGACAACGAAACAAAUACCAACAUAAACGCUGAGCCGCCACAACAGCAGGAGCUUACCGCCACGCAGCUACAGAGUGCCAGCAUCAUCGACACCGCGGAAGUCAUCGAGAAUGAAGUAGCGCGUGCGCAUGACUUGAUCGAUCUCGAGCUGUCCGGCCAUGGUUUCAAGCGCAGCCCCGCCGCAGCGGCGGUCUCUAUAGCGACGAGCCAAAAUAGCAUCUACAGCAAUAUGCCGGCGGGCAUACGCUCUGCCAUUGUAGCCAGCGCGGCGAUUGUGCUCACCUCGCUCGCCACCUUCAUGGUUAUAUUUGUGGUGUGUCGCUGGAAGCAGCGGCGUCAACGCAAAACCAGCUACACAAAGACAUACAAUGCUAUGAAGAGUAAAUUACCGACCAUAACGAACUCGUCGCAUCGCUCCUCCUUGCGGAACAUGGAAGAGCUGGUCGGCGGCGUGUCCACGGUGUCGGUGUCACCGGUACACCAGCUGCAGCGGCAAACUUCAUUACUGUUCCCACAACACUCGGGCAGCGGCAGCAUAGAUGUGGAAGAGCUAAGCGGCGGCGGCAGACGUAGCAGAGUUAUGCGCGGUGCGACGCGUGGUAGUUUAGGCAACAACGGUGGUAUGGGCAGCGCUACCGGCUCCACAACAUCGCUGGCGCUGUCGUUGCAGAGCGUGCACAACAGUUCUACAAACAAACUCAACACAAUGGAUCCGAACUCCCCCGAGGUGCAGGAGUAUCUGUUCGAUGCGUUGCGAAAGUCUUACUAAAUCAACGCAAGGUUUUAUUUGAUUUUUGCGCGAGGGAAUUAAAGAUUUUGGUAAUUUUGAAUAUUUGUAAACUGCAAAUUAUUUAAAAAAUUUUGAAAAUGGAGGGACAAAUACGAAACAUGUUGCCAAACAUAGAAAUACAAGAAAAUAGGCUUAAAGCGAUUAUGUAAAAAAAAGUGCAGAGAACGGUGAGAAUUUGUAAAUUAUAACACUUUUAUAACAAAGAAAAUGAAUAACCCUAAGAAGCAACCAACUUUUAUGCGUAGUGCGUAGAACAUACAAAUUUCUUUGGUAGCAUAUUAAAAGGUUUAAAAAUAAGAAAAACAUACAAUUUUUAAGCAGAACAAGUUGAAGUAUAAAAAUUUUUGAAACCUUAUAAUUAAGAUUAGCGCAAUUUUUACCCCAGUUAGCGCGUAAGAGUUCGAAAUUGGUUUAGCAUAGUUACACAAGCGGGUUUUAAGACAACAUAACGGUAACGUAAAUAAACUUAAAAAGGCGUGAAAAAAUUGUGAAAAAUUUUUAAUAAAAAAAAA